UCUUCCGGAUUGUCUCUUGCACGUCCUGCCUUCUUCCAUGUGGGAGAAAAGAUUUACUCCUCCGCUUGCCAAUUUAGUCUUCAUGAGUAUUAAUCACUGCAAAAGGCCGAAACUUUACAGUUUCUUCUCCUCCCUUCUUCUUCUUCUUCUUCUUCUUCUUCUUCUGUCGCUGCUUGCUGUAAUAGGGGGGAAGAGUGGGAAGGACCCGCGUGGGAAUGGGUACAAACCACUUGAAAAGGACCCAGCACCUAUAAAUCCAUAUUUGUUACGAAGCCCCACAUCUGAAUGGCUUUACCGAAGUUCUUUUGGGAUUGCGACAAACAGGGCGACGAAAUGAGGAGUAAUCGAGAGUGAAAGAAACCUCAAGGAUAUUUUGAAUUUUCAUGUGAAAAAAGUCUCAUAGAAUGGGUUGGCUGAGCAAGAUUUUCAAAGGUUCAAGACAUAAAAUAUCACGAGGGCAAUACCGUGGGAAAUCUAGUGAUAAUGACAAUUGGAAUGAAACCUCAAAUUCUUUGCCAUACUCGGGAUAUGAAAGUGAAGAUCUGGAUCAUGCUAUUGCACUUUCCCUUUCAGUGGAGGACCCAAAGAAUGCAAAUGCCACUGAAUUUGAAUUUGAUGUGGACGAAGAUGAACAACUUGCUAGGGCUUUGCAAGAAAGUUUAGAUAUUGAAUCACCUCCCCGACAAAGUAUAGAAUCACCUCCUCGAGACAAUGUAGAAUCGCCUCCUCAACAAAACAUAGAUUCGCCUCCUGAACAAAGCUUAGAAUCACCUCCUUGGCAAAAUGGUCACAUCUAUCAACCAUCAUCAUUCUUCGUCCACACGAAAUCGAGGAUUUGCGCUGGAUGCAAGAAUGCAGUUGGUCAUGGGCAAUUUCUUAGUUUUAUGGGUGCUAUUUGGCACCCAGACUGCUUUCGUUGUUAUGCUUGUGAUCAACCAAUAACUGAUUAUGAGUUCUCUAUGUAUGGAGAUUACCCCUAUCAUUUGUCUUGCUACCGAGAUCUGUAUCACCCAAAGUGUGAUGUUUGUAAGCAAUUUAUUCAACCUAAUAUGAAUGGCCUCAUCGAGUACCUGGCACAUCCUUUUUGGAUGCAAAAAUAUUGUCCUUCACAUGCGCAUGAUGGUACUCCAAGGUGUUGCAGUUGCGAAAGGAUGGAGCUUAGAGAUACGAAAUAUGUCAAUCUGGAUGAUGGGCGGAAGCUUUGUCUAGAAUGUUUGGAUUCUGCAAUAAUGGAUACCAAUGAGUGCCAACCACUCUAUAUUGAUAUUAGGGAAUUUUUUGAAGGUUUAAAUAUGAAAGUGGAUCAGGAGAUUCCAUUGCUUUUGGUUGAGAGACAAGCUCUAAAUGAAGCCAUGGAAGGAGAAAAACAAGGACACAAUCACCUUCCUGAAACUAGAGGUCUUUGUCUAUCAGAAGAGCAAAUUGUCAGCACAAUAUCAAGGAGACCAAGGUUUGGGCCAGGAUCUAAAGUCAUUGAAAUGAUUAAAGAGCCAUACCGGCUUACUAGACACUGUGAAGUAACAGCAAUUCUGAUUCUCUAUGGGCUACCGAGAUUAUUGACAGGGUCGAUUCUUGCUCAUGAGAUGAUGCAUGCAUGGCUGCGACUUAAAGGUUAUCGAGAUCUCAAUCUAAAAGUGGAAGAAGGCAUUUGUCAGGUUUUGGCUCAUAUGUGGGUAGAAUCGGAGAUCAUGUCCAGCACCGGGAGCAAUGUUGCUUCCUCUUCUUCAUCAACUUUACCUAAAAAAGGCACAAGAUCAGAAUCUGAAAGGAAGCUCGGUGAUUUCUUCAAAAUCCAAAUAGAAUUAGAUCCUUCUCCUGUAUAUGGAGAUGGCUUUCGCGCUGGCAAUGAGGCAGUGAUCAAGUAUGGUCUCAAAACUACUCUUAACCAUAUAAAGUUGACAACAAGUUUUCCUUGCUAAAAACAUAAACACCAUUCUUCUGCAUCCAAGGCUUCGUUUGGGACAGCUUUUUCACUGCUUUUUAAAGCUACUUUUUAAUACAAAAAUCUCUAAAAAAUAGAAAAAAUUGUAGUUUAAAGCUGUCCCAAACGAAGCCUAAAUUGCAAAGCUCACACUAAUUUACACCAUUCAGCAAAGACUGCAAAAACCAUAUUUAACGAGGAAAAAAGUUCACAUGAAAGGUACUCAGCAUGUACGACUAAUCAUUUGUGACUUUGUUUUAUAUUUUUAUAGGUUAUAGUUACAAUGAAUAAAGCUGUUAUCAUCGUUUUCUAUGCA